AUGGUCGAACUGCUUCUGGAGGCAAGAGCGGAUGCGCUGUCUAAGACAGAGGACCAGCAAUUGGCUUUGCAUUACGCCGCGGCGAAUGGACAUGCAGAGAUUGCAAAGCUUUUGCUUCAGCACGAUGGUUCAGACCAAGUCGGCGCUCGUAAUGCCUUAGGGCAGAGACCUGUCGAGGCAGCAUCCGAUCUUGGAACCGUCUUCAUUUUUCGGGCAUUUGAAGCAGCCGUGCGAUGCGAACCAAGUGGGAGCAGAAGGAACAGCGCCUCCAGCCAGGCAAGCACCGCAACGGGAAGCAGCUGCGACGGUCAAAGUGCAGUCGACAUGUCCGGCCUGUCCUGCUCAGCAUGUCUUGCUGAUGAUCAAGAUGGCUAUGCUGAUCGCACUCCCCUCGCAAGCGGGUUUCUGCUCCGGAAUGCCCGGACAGAUGCAGUUCACCGGCUGAUGCAUUUGACCCGAAAGCUGGAUGAGGCCUCCUUGUCCGAGGAUAGGGAUGGUCGCGAUUGUCGGACGUUCAGCGCAAAGUCCUUCAAGGCGGCUUCUCCGAAAGAUUCCCCCGGACGAUCGCCGUCUGCCAGCAGUGGAACGAGCACUCCAAAGAUCAGAACACCCUUUGCGCGAAUGCGACAGGGCAGCUCUCGAGUGGAGAAGGUUGGGCCCAACUCUUUCGAGCUUGUGAACCUCCUUGGGCGUGGCUCAUUCGGGGAAGUCUUUCAGGUUAAGCACAAACGCACAGGCAAGGCCUAUGCCAUGAAGGUGCUACAGAAGAGCCGAAUCAUGAGCAGCAACCUCCUUCGUUAUGCAGUAACGGAGAGGAACAUUCUGGCCUACAUUCGCCACCCUUACAUCGUUUCACUUCACUAUGCCUUCCAGACUCCCAGCCACCUCGUGCUAGUGCUGCAGUAUUGUCCCAGAGGGAACCUUCAGCACCUAAUCACACGUGAGAAGCGGCUAUGCGAAGAUUUGUCCAGGGUCUACACAGCCGAGAUUCUUCUAGCUUUGAUUCACCUGCACGAGAGGCACACGGUUUUCCGUGACCUGAAGCCCGACAAUGUGGUCAUCGACGAGGCGCACCAUGCCUUGCUGACGGACUUCGGCCUCUCCAAGGAGGGGGUCGGCCAGCGUGGCACAAAGUCUUUCUGUGGCUCUGUCGCCUUUCUGGCUCCAGAGAUUCUUCUGCGGAAAGGUCACAACCAUACAGUUGACAUCUACAACUUGGGCGUCUUGCUGUAUGAUAUGCUCACCGGACUGCCUCCGUUCUAUCACCAUGACAGGGAAACUCUUUUUGCAAACAUCAAGCAUGCACGCUUGGAGGUGCCAUUGUACGUGUCGCGCAUCUCGCGCUCUUUCAUUGAGGCAACCAUGGAGAGGGAGCCAGCCAAGCGAAUCGGUGCACACCAUACCAGCGACGUAAAGGGCCACGUGUUCUUCGCCGACAUUGACUUUGCCCAGCUCAUGCGCCGUGAGGUACUUCCGCCAGAAGCCCAUCCAUCGGAUGAGCCAGCGAUCUCCUACAGGAAUGGCCCCCUGGGACUUGCGGGAAGAGCUCCAGAAAGCCCCUUUGCCAGAGCAGAUCGUGGCUGGCGCGGCAGGUAUACUCGUGGGCAGGGUAGCGCCUCGGAGCGCGGCGUGCCUUUCUGGGACUUCUCCUUUGCCCCGCCAACCCGCUCCUCGGGUUCCGGACAGCUGUCUGCUGUCAGUGGGCCUGAGGACUCAGACUGCAGCACGAGUACAUACACAAGGCGAGGUGGUGUGGCCCAGAGAAGACCAUCAUCGCAAUCCUCCCAGUCACAAGAUGCUUAG